GCGCUUAUUCAAGAUGGCCGCAAUUUUUGUACAGAAGUUUAGAACAAUAUUUUGUACAUUUUCAGGUAUUAGAAAAAUUGGAGCCCUAAAUGUGCGUUUUGCAUCAAGUAUCAACCUGGCCCAAACUUGUAAGGCUGGAAAACAGAAAUCUAGGGAAAUUAAGCCAAGCCCUGAAAAACUACAUUUGGCGAACGAAGUCCAUGAUCUAUUCCAUAACAAUGAAAUGGUUGCAGUUCUGAGCUACUUUGACAUGAAAAAUGCCGAAUGGAAUGAGCUAAUUCAUGAAGUUGGCAAGAGUGACAUUCAUUUUCGAUUCCUGCCAAACAAGAUUGUACAUAGAGCUUUGGAUAGCACAGCCUAUGUUAACAUAUGUCCAUUAUUCAUAAGCACAACUGUGGUUGCGUAUUCCAAAGAUGUGCAAAUCAAAGGACUACUAGAUGCUUUGAAAGGGCAACCAAAAGUCCACGUACUGGGUGGAAAGGUUAACGAUAGAUUAUUUGGAAUUGAGAAACUGAUUUGGGUCUCAAAAUUACCUCCGUUAGAACAACUUCAUCAAGAGAUAACAAUGACAUUAUCUAAGCCAGCACAAAACCUGCAACAAUUAUUAAUGAGAAAUCAGCAAGUUCUUACACAAAAUCUAGGACUGCUAGCAAGUGGUGAUGAGACAUAGAACUCACAUGGGAAAAUAAAUAGUUUAAUUGUGAAAUGAAACACAUGUAUGCAAAUACCUAUGUUGUGAUAAUGCCUGGUGUGCUAUAGAACCAGCUUUGAGAAUUUGCCUGCUAAUUAAACUGUAAACAGAA